UGAAAUUAAAUGAAAAAGCAAAUGGCUGACUAGCAAUCGACGUUCUCGAAUUCGCAUUAAAAGAAUCCGAUGUAAUUACAUGAAUUAUGCGCAAUCUAUGAUCAUGAUUAGCAAAAUAAAGAUACCAAAGCAAUAAACAUUUAGAAUUAUUAUAUAUUGUCGACUAAAGCCUCUGAAAUCUAUGUUAAAUAAAUCCUAUCUAAACCGAAAAAGAAUUUUGCAAUAAUAAGAACCGUGCCUUCGACGGACCCAUGUCCGUUUUUUGUUGAGUUCAUGUGAUGUGAAGAGUUUUUUGGGCGGAAGCCGCCCACUGUCACUAUGGAGCGCGGUUACGAGAAGAGACACAGUAAGCACCACAAGGAAAAGCAUAAGAAGCGCGCACACAAGAAGUAUAGGAGUCAUUCGGGCUCCCAUGAACAGUCAUAUGCUACUAGUAACUCCAUGAAACCUCUGGUGGAAUAUUCCGAUGUCAGCUCCGAGGAUCUGUCGGCCCCGGAGGCCGGUGAGAUAGAGAGUGAAGCCAGUUCCAUCGGUCGGCACAUUGCAGACGACUUGGACAGAACGAGAAAAUCGCACCCUAUACGUACUUUCCUUGAUAACAAGAUAUCUGUGACGACUAGCAGCCGACGUGUGGUCGAGGAAUACAGCCUCACUCGUGAUUCCUCUUCCACGGCAAGGAAGAGACGAGGCGUUGAAUACGAGGAGCCAGUCCCAGACUUCGAUGAUCAUUCCCGAUAUAAGAAGAAGAAGGAGAAGCGAAAGAAAGACAAGAAGAAGAAAAAGAAGAAGUCCAAACACAGGUCACGCUCAGCCAGUCUAGAGAGCUUGUCUCCUGGUGAUAUUGUACCAACUUGUACACCACUUCGGCCCUUGACUCCACAACGGUACACCCAGGUGCCAGUCAGCGAGUGGGAAAAGGGAUCAUCUCCAUUACGGAACGGUUCCUGUUCCCCAGUGUCGCCCUCAACACCUCCGCUGAGGCAUGAGGUGUCACCUCGACACCGACCCAUUCACCGUGAACCAUCUAUGCACAAUGUUAUCCCAUUCUCGCCACAUCCAGAGAGAUCUCCUAUUAUUAGCAGGAGGAGGCAGAAGUCUACAACUCCUCACACACCCCUGGCGCCUCCCUACCAUGAGACCGUUACUAUUGAUUCAGAUACAGAACAGGACUACGACAGGAGACGCGACUACUGGCACGAACAGCGCAUCUCUAAUGAAAUCAUGGUUAUAUCUGACUCCCCAGUCCACGAAUCGCGAAGCCGUGACUACAGUCCGAGACGUCAUCGCCGCCGCUCGCCUCGGAGACGACGCAGUAGAGACAGGGAGAGACACAGGGAGAAGGUCCAUCAUCGAUCUCACAGUAGGUCGUCAUUGAAGCGUCGCCGUUCUGGGUCACGUUCGAGACGCCGUUCAUCAUCACCUCCACGACAUCGUCCGAGACAUUCAGACAUCCCCAGAGACAGGCACAGGAGUAAACAUGAAUCCCCGAGUCCACCCACACUGUUACAGAGAAAAAUUGACUUCAAAGAAAAGAUUAGCGAUACCAGUUUGUUUGCGGAACUUGUUAAAGACAAACACAAGCGUGCCAAGAAACUACAAGAAAUAUUAGAACAGAAAGAAGAAUCACAGGGAGCUGCCUCAAGUAGUGCUUCAGUUACCAACACUGAUGCGCCAACAGAAGACCUGGCCGAUAAUGCGGAUAGCUUGCAGAGUUCAAAGGAGAAUGGUGAGAACUCUAAGUCGGAUGUAGUUGACAUUCCAAUGCCCGUGCAGACUUCAGAGGAAUCCAAUGCUCAACCAGCAGAGGCUGAGCCCCAAGCUGCCCAGCAAACAAACGCAACUACCAAUGGGGAAGCUAAUGAGAAUUCUAAUAGCUCUGAGACUCAAAAAGUUCCCGUCACACCGCCCGCCCCCCUACCAAGCGCCGCGUCCACUUUACCGCCCCUCCCAAAGGUGGGUGGGAGCGUGGUAGAGGGCGUCUUUAUGAAUAGCCAGCAACCGCCUCCGCCGAAACCAAAAAGCCUUACGAAACUGCCCAUGCCGCCCAAUACUCAGGUCGAAGAUUUAAAGACCCUCGCCAACGACAGUCCAUUGAGCACGCCGUCCCCAAGUCCCGUCAAGAAACCGGAAAAACCUAAGAGAACCGGUAUUAUGAAUUUACCGAUGCCGCCAGUGAUCCCUGGGUCAGAGGAGCUGAGCGGGGACGAAUUGGACGGGUCCACUCCGCCCGCGCGUCCUCCCACACACAGGGAUCAAUACUCACACGUGUUCAGCGGCAGGAGGCAGGCCGAUGCGGGAUCUAAACUGAAGAGGCCGCGUAUUCUGAAACGCCGAGGGUCUAAGGUUGUCCCGGUAGCGACUCCGACACACCACGCCAAGGACUGGGGCGAGAAAUGUGUGGACGGUUUCCAGGUAAUAACUCAAAUAGGCGAAGGCACGUACGGUCAAGUAUAUAAAGCGCGCGACAAAAACACGGCCCAACUCGUAGCACUGAAGAAGGUGAGGUUGGAGAACGAAAAAGAAGGCUUUCCCAUCACCGCUGUCAGAGAAAUUAAGAUUCUGAGACAACUCAAUCACAAGAACAUUGUUAAUCUGAGAGAGAUCGUUACCGAUAAACAGGACGCCAUGGAUUUCAGAAAGGACAAGGGCUCGUUCUAUCUGGUGUUUGAAUACAUGGACCACGACCUCAUGGGUCUCUUGGAGUCGAAGAUGGUAGACUUCACCGAGUCACAUAACGCAUCCAUAAUGCGUCAGCUGUUAGACGGACUGGCGUACUGUCAUCGCAAGAAUUUUCUACAUCGAGACAUCAAAUGCAGUAAUAUAUUAAUGAACAAUAAAGGGGAAGUAAAGCUAGGGGAUUUCGGUCUGGCUCGACUGUGGUCAGCCGAGGACAGAGCUCGGCCAUACACUAACAAAGUUAUCACACUGUGGUAUAGACCACCAGAGCUAUUGUUAGGAGAGGAACGAUAUGGCCCCGCUGUGGAUGUGUGGUCCAUGGGAUGUAUACUGGGCGAGCUGUUCCUGAAACACCCGCUGUUCCAGGCUAACACGGAGAUGAUGCAAUUGGAGAUGAUAUCUCGCAUCUGUGGCACUCCAGCGCCGGGAGUGUGGCCCAACGUGGUGAAGCUGCCCCUCUGGCACACACUGCGGCCCAAACGUUUCCACAAGCGGUGUGUUCGGGAACAGUUUGCGUUUAUGCCACCAGCGGCUCUACAGCUGUUGGAUCGUAUGCUGGAGCUAGAUCCAGACAAGCGAAUCACGGCGGACGACGCGCUGAAGAGCGUGUGGCUGAAGAAUGUUGUCCCGGAUCAAAUGCCGGCCCCGGAGCUACCGACAUGGCAAGACUGUCACGAGCUCUGGUCGAAGCAACGCCGGCGGCAGCAGAGGGAACAGGAACAGUCGUCGAAACCUAAAUCCUAUACAUUCACACAGGAUGAGAACUCUGAAUCGAGUUUCAAAAGUGAUAUCAAGUCAGAGACUAACCCGGAACCUGUCGGACAAGUUAAAUAGUAUUUGGAGUACUACUACUAUGGUUACUACCGGUAGUAAGAGGCUGUGACACUCGUGGAGUGUGGGGACGGGUUGCUGCUAGUCAGUGUUACAAUACUGGGGGGACCGUUUACAGUGCUUGUUUGUGCUUGAAAUAGACUAUGAGCCGAGCUUGACUCCGCUUACAAAGACAUAUAUCGUUUCUUGUGAUGGUACUUUGCCACUUACAUUAUUAGUGAGAAUACAAUGUAUAGAGAUGAGAACAGUUAGACUACUAUCAGUUAUAGAUAAGACAAUAAUAGCUUUUAUUUGUGUGUGUAAAAUUAUUUGAAAAUUUUUGCUUCAUUGUGACACAAAACAUGAAGUAGCUCACUGUUCUUAUAUUUUAAAUAAAGAGGGACUAAUAUGGCGCCUGAGUUUUGUAUUGGGUUGCGUUUUAAUGAUUUCUUAUAGCACGUCUCCAAAUAAUUUUAGAAUUUUCCAGAUACAAUGAUUUGAAAAAUCUUUGCGAAUACCAAAAUCAUAUGAUGACCAAAGGAUGUAACGGCGCUAACUCUCACACGCGGACGGGGAGGUGUAUGAUAGUCUUGUGUAUAUAAUGAUGUAAAUAUAUUUCGUAUAUAGUGUUAAGGAAAUUUUGUUAUUGGUAGUUAGUUAUCCUUACCUCCGGUUGUAUGUUGUGUUGUGUUUGUUGGGCGAGGUGAUUGUGUAACGUUUAGAAAUCAUGUAUCAGAACUGUUAGACAUGGCGAUUCUAGAUUAAUGCUCUUUUAAUAUUGACGAUAGUUUAAAAAUGUUUGCAUAAAUAAAUAAUAAUGCUUCUAUAUUCUGAACCGACCACCAUUUUUAUUGACCUUAAUGUCUACGUACAUGUCGUGAUUGGCACUAUUGAUUUGUAAAUAUAAUAUAUUGGCUAUCGUGCUGGUCUUUCCAUACUGCCUUAAUACAAGAGUAAGCUAGUACAAUUAUAUAUUAGACAUAGCUAUUUCAUCACAACAUUGUGUACACUCGUGUAACUGAUUGUGUAUAUAUCAAUGGAAUUGAUAAUGUUUUAUUUUUAUACAAGAAAAGUAUAGCGGACAUUACAUUUCCCUUCAAGAUGCACUAGUAGAUAUGAAAUUAAAGAUUAUAUCUAGCAAUAUCAAUAUUCUAUAUAGCUGGUCACAAUCGACCUGUGUGUAAGCAGUCUUGGAUGCAUUUAUUGCAAGAUAUUUUAUCUCAGCCUAUAUUUAAAUAAUAAUGCAUAAUUUACAAUAUUAAAAAGGCUGUAAAUUUAAUAUAAUUUGCUUUUAAACAUCGAGUAGGAAGUUGUUAAACUAUUAUUUCCAUUACACUAACUGACUAUCCAAUUGUCUCCAAACAGUCCCAAGUUCAAGUCGAGGACAAGAUGGAAUGACUUGUAGAAGGUGACUAAUGUAAUUUAUUUUGUAAAUUGUUAGUUAAUUUAUUCUCGUUUCAAAUAUAUUGUAAUUGAGUAAAUAAAAUGUGACUGUAACUUGUAUACCUUUAUUAUCUUCCGUAAAUUCUAUUCCAAUAACGUAACAUACGAAAAGUUCCUUGUAAAUAUAUAGAAUAUGGAUUAAUAAUCCGGAGUUCAGGAGAUGCUUGAUGUGUUGAAAAUGUAAGGUUGAUAAUUAUUUAGAAAAAUAUAUAUUUUUAAUAGAUAAAUAUAUUUAUAUACUUAAACUAUGUGAAGUUGUGUAAAUAGUGUUGGUAUGUUAGUGUAACCGUACGGCGAGUCGUACGGUGCUGUCAUUUUUAAAGCCGAAGUUGCCAACUGUUUUAAUUGCUUGGUUAUAUUUUAAAUCGAGACUGGUUCAGUGUCGCCAUAACUCUGGAUUGUUUUAGUUGAUUUUCAUAUGUAAAGAUGUACCUAUCUUUUUUAUAAAUAAAGUGCAAUGAAUUAUGACUUAUUUA